AGUAUAUUUGUUUUCUUACAUUCUUUAGACCUCUCUUUUAAUUCCAUUUAAAUAAAGUUCGUAGUUAUAAUUACAUUGUUUUUUUUUUUAGUGUGCUAAGACUCUGUGUAGUGUAACAAUAAUCAAAGAAACUUUGGCUACCUCUGCUGUUUGUGCAACAAAAAGUUCCAUCCGAAUUCUGCACUGCCAUUGUGCUUUUGUGAGCUCCAUAACGGCCCUAAAACCUUAGAUAGGUAUAAUCAAUGCCAGCACGGAUUGCGCUCUUCUCACAUGUCUGAUAUAAAUAAGAAAACAUCAAUGAGCAAUCUGCUACCCCCAACAACAACAACCGUCGGUCAAAUGCUAGCUCCUGCAAACACUGCACCACAAAAACUUAAUUCAGGCUCCGCUACAGGCAAUCCACGUAACAAAUGUGCGCUCAAGCCUGGUCACUCGCUAAUGGAUUGGAUACGACUUGGUAACUCAGGCAUAGACUUAGCAGGCACGCGUGGACGUGUAACGCCAGUAAAUAGCGACGAGUUGGCUCGACAUAAUACACGCGAAGAUGCUUGGAUGGCGAUACGUGGCAAGGUGUACAAUGUGACGCGUUACCUGGAUUUUCAUCCUGGUGGUGUUGACGAGCUAAUGCGUGGCGUUGGACGCGAUGCCACAAAAUUUUUCGAUGAGGUACAUGCCUGGGUAAACUAUCAGCAAUUGUUGGUGAAAUGCUUUAUUGGUCCACUGCGUACGUUGUCCAAAAUGAGUUCCAUACCAGAAGGGAGAACACCGGUUCCCACAGCAAACUUUAAAACACCGUCCAGCAAUAAACCGGUAAUCGCAAACACCGAAAUUGUACCACGUUUUGACUGGAUACAGAAACGACAAGACCUCACAGUCUAUAUUUAUACACGCCAACUUUGCAAUCCUGGUCUGCUUUUGAGUCGAAAAUGUGCCAAGCUAAUGCAACUGCAAGUGCAUAUAGACAGCGCUGAACAUAAUUUCGAAUUCGAGCUACAUAAAGAAGUAGAUUGGCCACCGAAAUCGGUGCGUGUUGGUAGUGAGACAGGUAAAAUUGAAGUAUCGCUCACUAAAGUAGAGCCUGCUCUAUGGCCGACGUAUGGAGCACACACUCUAUCCAAAGGUGUAGUGGGUGAAUCAGAGGAUUUGCAUUAUGAAUAUGAAGUUGUAAAAUGUACGGAUUUUAAUCAUGAUUCAUUCGUGUUACGCUUACGUGGUGUACAAGACACAUUGAUGGUGCUACCUAUUGGUUAUCACAUGACUGUGGCGGCGCUAAUAAAUGGCGAUUUGACCCGUCGCAGUUACACACCUGUUCCCGGCAAAAUUCUGCCACAAUCUCAUGUUGACAAUGAAAGCAAUAGUACAAAUUUAAAUUUCCUUAUUAAAAGCUACGCUGAGGGCAUACUAUCGACGCAUUUGCGUCGGAAGCAAAUCGGUCAGAUGUUACUAAUCUCAACACCACAGGGCAAUUUUCGUCUACAACGUUUACUACCGCAUCGUCAAAUAGCUCUUAUCGCUGCUGGCAGUGGUCUGACUCCCAUGCUAAAUUUAAUUGAACAUUUGCUUAAACGAAAUGCAAACCGAAUCGACUACUUACGUUUAAUGUACUUCAAUAAAACGCCGGCAGACAUAUGGUGUCGCAAUGAGCUGGAACAGCUGCAAAUAACUGAUGAGAGAUUCCAAUUCGUGAAUGUGCUUUCCGCACCCGACGGAGAAUGGACCGGUUUACGUGGACGGAUAUGCAACGAGCUACUCGCUCCGCUAAUGACGAAAAAUACAUCAGAAUAUGCCAGUUUUGUGGCUGUAUGUGGACCUAGAGCAUUUAGCCAAGCAGCUCAGAACAUAUUACAGGAGUUGAAAUUUAAUUUGGAAAAUUUACAUAUUUUUCAGGGUUGAAUCAAGUUGCUGUUUUUAUAUAGAAUAUUAAGUCGAAAGGUGGACAAAUUAGUAUAUAACUGUAGUACAUUAUUUUUGUUGUUAUUUUAGUUUUGUCUAUUUUUUCUAUUUUGUAAAAAUAUUUUUAACUAAACUAGUCACGAAUUUUUUAAAUAAAAAUUAUAUCCCAACAUCUUGGAUUAAAAAUAUAUAAAAAACAAGUAAAAAAAGUCCAAGUUCGAGUGUAACCGAACAUUUCAUACUCUUGCAACUUUCAAGGAUCAAAACCGGGGAAAUACCUUCAGGUGUUGGCAAAACUUUAUAUUAAGAAAUGUAGCGAAAAAGUUCAAUUUCAUUAUUCGACGAAAUGGUUAAUUGAUCACAAUAAAAUUUAGUAUCAUAUUCACUUAUUUUAAGUUCAUUGGCUCACUUUGUCUUACUACUAUAUUUUACUUCCCGCCAGAGAAAAUUUUAUUAAAAUCAUUGGGGGCAUAGAAAUGAAAAUAGCAUUAACUUUUAACAUUGCUUAGGUAUAUUUGAGAACUUAUUUUCAAUCACACCAUAUAUGGAGUAAAGGCAGCCAGAUGUAUCAAAAUCGUGAAUAUCAGUUAUAUGGGAGCUAAAGCAAGUUUUCGCCCGAUUUUAUUCAUUUUAGGCACAAAGAACACUGUUAUUAGAAAAAUAUGCGAUCUCAAUUUUAUCAAAAUAGCGCUCACAAUGUGGUAUAAGGUCAGCGAGAAGUUCGAAAAUCUUCAUAUCAGUAUAUAGGGUCUAAGGGAAUUAUUGAUCAAUUCAAUCCAUUUUUGACACAAGAGUUUAUUAUUAUCAAAAAACAAAAAAUUUUCCCUGAAUUUUAAUUACGUAUCUCACAUAUUGACCGAUAUUUUCGGCAAGAAGUCAGCCAUAAGCUCUGGGGCCCAUAUUUCCGGUAACCGAUUUUGACAAUUUUUAGAUCUGAGAUGGCAAAAUUCAUGCAAAUUUAUAACCCGAUAACUUAAUUAGUGCUUGAUUUGUAUACUGGAAAGUGAAAAAAUCAGAUAAGAGUUUAAAGCAGAGAUAUAAGAUUUCACCUAAAUGUGUGUGGUGCCACGUCCACUGGCCAAUUUUGACACCUGCUUCAAUAAAGGGAGUGGACGUGGUUAUCAUUCGAUUUCACCUAUUUCCAUGCUGUCGCAAGAGGUGUGGAAAUGAUAUGUCCUAUGAAAAUUUGGGUGAUAUAACUUGAAUCGUUUGGGAGAUUUGUAUCUUAAUUUACGCCUUAGUUUGGCAAUUUAUAGGUUUUCGAUUAAUGGCGUUUUGUGGACGUAGCAGUGAUCCAAUUACGCCCAUCCACGAACUUGUCCACACUUUUUUGCCAAGGAACACCUGCACCAAGUUUCAUUUACUCAACUUAUCGCUUCCACGGACGAACGGACAGACAGACAGUCACUCGUCUCUUCAUUCUGAUCAUUUAUAUAUAUAUAACCCUAUAUCGCCGACCACUGUUUUAGAGUUUUGAAAAUGAUAGCUUUGUGCGAGCUCUAGUUCAAAAUAGUAGAAGUACGCAAACACGAAACCUUGUAGAUUC